AUGGCCCAUUUCAAUCCAAACGCCGAAGAUGAAUUGCUAACGGACGAGGAGCGUGUGUAUUUGCUGGCUGCCUCUCAGGGAGACAUGGCAAUCGUACGCCAAUCAGUCGUCGGGGAAAUUGACGUUGAUGAAAAAUUGGGAUCUUCUGAUGAUUUGGGAAAAAAUGAAAAAGAAUUUAUUAAAUUUGUGAAUAACAAAAGAAGCGUAAAGGGUCUUAAGAAAAGAAAUCUGGAUGUUAAUUGCGUUGAUUAUAUGGGAAGGAGUGCUCUGCAUUUUGCCGUUGAUGGAGAAAACAUUGAAAUGAUUGAUUUUUUGAUGGAGUUUCUCAGUUUGGAACUCAUCGACGAAGCACUUCUACACGCUGUCAGCAAGGACCUAGCUAAAAUAGUUCGCCAAAUAAUUGAACACCCAACAUACGAAUCCAGGAAUACCAAUUAUCCAUUGCGCAAAUUUCACAACAGUUUCAAAAAAUUACAUUUAAGAGCAGAAAAAAGUGGCCAAUUUUCUCCCGACGUAUCUCCCCUUAUUUUGGCGGCUCACCGUAAUAACCACGAAAUUAUACAGCUGUUCUUGUCAAAGCAGCAGACAAUUGCAAAACCGCAUUCCAUUUCUUGCCAUUGCUGCGAUUGCACGGCUAAGCAAAAUUGUGACUCAUUAAAACGGUCGAUAUCUCGCUUAAAUGCUUACAAAGCCCUCGCAAGUCCUGCUUACAUGGCACUUUCCAGCCAGGAUCCGAUCAUGACCACCUUCCAGCUGAGACAGGAAAUGAAAAAGUUAGCCCAAGUGGAGAAGGAAUUUAAAAAUGAAUAUAUGGGUCUCGUGGAGCAAUGUAUGAACUUUGCAUGUGAGCUGAUGGAUCUUUGCAGAGGAACGCAAGAAGUUGAGGCCGUCUUAAACGAAGGCUGCGACGACAGGGGCGAUCCUCUUAUCAGAUUGAAGAUGGCUGUUGAAUAUGAAGAAAAAAAGUUUGUGGCUCACGCUAACUGCCAGCAACACUUGACGACCAUCUGGUACGGUUCUGAUAUGGGGUUCUUGCAGUCAAUGGAAAAUUGGAAGAAAGUCAUUUUCUUGUGCACGCUGAUUCCAAUUGUACCUUUUGCGUGUUUGUUGUAUAUCAUAUCUCCAAACUCAAGGCAAUUAUUAAAACAAGAUGAAUAUCCAGAUUUAACAAGUUGUAUAAAAUUAUGCUCACUUAUUCAGUUGAGUAAAAUGUUGAGAUGCCCAGCGACAAAAUUUUUGACGCACACAUUGUCUCAUGCAUGCUUCCUCGUCUUACUGGCUGUGGCGACAUUCAGAUUAGAGGAACGCAAUCCAUACAACCUUUCUAACAUAACUGAUUCGCAAUGUUUCAGACACCAUCGUGCGACAAACUGGAACAAGUCAAAGUUUAUAACGCAAAACAAAUGCAACCACAGCAGCAGAUACCACCAGACCUUUAGUAAAGCUUUAAGAAAUGUGUCUUUCCAUUAUUUCGUAGACUCUCGACAUAUGAACCAAUCUAUGAAAAAUCCUGUUAUUAACGUUGAUGUGAAUGGUUUGUUAUGGAUCGAAUGCAAACAAUUGCACCACCGAGGAAUUCGUGUUUACAUGUUGGACUAUUACAACUGGAUAGAUUUUUUCAUAUUGUCUCUCUACUUAGGUUCAUACGUUUUGCGAUUCGCAGUCGACAAGUGGAUGAAAGAAGCCGAUCACUUUUUUAAUGGCACGACGAAAGCGAGGGAAGCUCUCAACAGACACGACUGCAAACGUUUCCAUCAGAUCAAAAAAGAAAUAUACGAAGGAAAUAAAACUUCAAUGAGUUACUUCAUGAAAGCUUCUCGUUUUGAUUGGAGGCCAGAUGAUCCUGAAAUAGUGUCGGACGUUUUAUUUGCAGCUGCAAACGUGCUCAGCAUAGCACGGACAACAUCCAUGAUGCCUGCCUUCGAAGUCCUAGGACCUCUUCAAAUUUCUUUGGGAAGAAUGCUGGGAGACAUUUCAAGGUUCCUUGUUCUUUUCACGCUGGUGCUAUUUGCAUUCAUGGUUGGCCUGCAUAACCUCUACUGGUACUACGGUUUCCAGACAUAUGUCGGCAAGGAGGGAGACAACAAAAUCCACUACUCCACUGUCGCAUUUCAAGGGCUUCCGAGAACAUUGCAGAGUUUGUUUUGGUCAAUGUUCGGGCUGGUUCCAGUGGAAAGCGUCGAAGUGAAGUAUCCUGGCAAGUGGGAGAGUAGUGAGUACCACAACAACUUUCCUGGAGGCAACCACACGACGUCACUGGUCGAACAAGUUGGAAUGUAUCUUUUCGCACUUUACCACGUGACUGUCAUCAUCGUCCUCACCAACAUGCUCAUUGCUAUGAUGAGUCAUUCAUUCGAAGCUAUCCAGGGUGAUUGUGAUGUGGAAUGGAAAUUUGCUCGAACUAAACUCUGGAUGAACUACAUUGACCAUGGUAGCACUCUACCCGUGCCAUUCAAUGUUGUCCCUACUAUUAAGACUCUAAAAUAUUUCAUCGGCUGGAGCAGCAGGAUAAAAGCCUACCUCUUGGAUUACCGCUGUCGCAAGAAGAAAAAUCUGGAGGUGGAACGUGUGAACGAUUCCUGCACGAGCGACGACGAUUCAACAGGCAUCUACCUGAAUACCUACUCCGACAUCCUUCAGAGGCUUGUUAGGAGGUAUCUAUUUAAGCUUGAAAGAAUGAAAGAAGAAAACAAAGAAGUUUCGGCAGUGAUCUGUGAUCCAGUGUCUCAGUUCACAAAUGAGGCAUACACGGGACAGCUCAAAGACCCAGAUAAGGACGGACUACUGCCCGGGAACAAAGUUAUGCGAUUAUCAUCGUCCACUUCCAAAUCGAGUGACAGAGUUACAAACAACGCACCAAUCGGUAGAAGGCUUAGCCUCAAACCAUCACAAAUGCAAAACAAACAAAGGCAAAACAAAACUAGGCAAAACAAGUUAGGUCGAUGGCGUCAACUGUACACAAAUUCAUCCUUCCGAACAAACCAACAAAUGCAUGUCCACGUCGGAUUUGUUCAGCUCGUCACCCUUCCCCAACUAGACUCGGUGCAGAAGAUAUUAAAAAACUUAGAUGUUCGAUUUCAGAGGCUUCACGAACGCGCAAAAAAUGAGCAAAGAACACGUCAGGACAUUAAGCACAUCUUAACGGUUAUACUAGAGAAUCAAAAAGCCGUUAGAAGCUAUAACAUAGUCUUGCCGUCUUUUAAACGUGAAAUUUAAGCAUCUGAAAGUUUUACGAAACAAAAAAACGAAUAACAUUUUAAAAAUAGCGAGCAAGAAACAUUCCACAUUUCAGCCAUAAAUAAAACUAACGAGUGAUGCACAACCAGCCGGUUUGAAAUGAAAAUCUUCUAUUUAGGAGUUGAUAUUUGAUAUUUUAUUAAUAAGUAGAAAACAACAUUGUUUAAUAUGGAAUGUACAACUGAUUUAAUUGUCAUUUCUGUGUGCAAGUAAUUGUGAAAAAUUAUUUAUGACAUAAAAAUC